AUAUCCAUCUCUUCGGGAAAAUGGGGCGGAAAACGAUGUGAACGGAGUUCUUGACGAAGUAGAUUGUAAUAUAAAGUUCACAUUUAACCCUUCAAUUGAAUGAGAAGGGAGAUGGGUAGUGUUCGUAAUUUACAGUUCACAUUUAACACUUCAAUUGAAUGAGAAGGGAGAUGGGUAGUGUGAGAAACGCUGCAUUGGCUUUCAUUGUUCCCUGGCCUUCUAUUUUGUUUUACAUUGUAUUCCUAAAACUUUACGAGCCUUCUACUUCGGAGAUCUGGAGAUGGUGUUCGGCUCAUCCCAUUGCUCUUGUAAAUGCGUUAUUUUUCUUCAACGUGAAUGUACUUUUUUGGGUCAUCAGCUUACUGCAAAACAACACUUGGUUGAUAGACUUGUACUGGACUGUAUUGCCCGUGAUGAUGGCUCACUAUUAUUCUUCCCAUCCGUACUCUCAAACAAAUCUAUGGAGAUCAAGGAUUGUGAUUAUUCUGACAUGGGUGUGGAGCAUUCGUCUUACACAUAACUAUUUCAGAAGAGAGGAAUGGCAAUGGGGCGCAAGAGAGGAUUGGAGAUUUGCUGACAUGCGAAAGAAGUAUCCCAACAACUGGUGGUGGAUGUCCUUCUUUGCUGUAUAUGUAUCUCAGCAGAUUUUCCUUGUUGGGGUUUGCCUUCCAAUCUAUGCAGUGCAUAAUAGCCAACAUCCAUGGACUGCUUUGGAUUACUUUGCUACUUUGGUCUGCACUGUGGGCAUUGUUUUUGCCUACUUCGCAGAUACCCAGCUGUAUAAUUUCGUCCAAAAGAAAAAGUUACUAAGAGAGCUUGGUGCACCAACGAAACCAAACCUUGAAGAGGGCUUGUGGGCCUUUUCUCGCCACCCAAAUUAUUUUGGAGAGCAGCUCUGGUGGUGGGGAUUGGUUAUCUAUGCGUGGAAUGUUGGUCAAGGAUGGACAUUUUUGGGAGCUGCUGUUAAUACAUGUUGUCUGGCAUGGGUUACGGUCCUAGUGGAGAGGAAGAUGGUUGCUGAGCAAUACAGAACAAAAGAAUACAAAAAGUAUCAAGAGACAACUUCUGUGUGGAUACCUUGGUUCAAGCUUAAACCCCAAAUCAAAAAGAAUCUAAAGAAAACCUGAAUCCAUCAAUAUUGACUUUGUCAAAUUCUAAUUCUUCUCUUUUAUAGCCCUUGGUACUUUCAUUUGUUAUAGAUUAAGCUUAAAGGCUCCUUCUAGGUUUUUAAUCUUGAAUGGAGCAAGAAGAGGAUGCAGUAACUAGGGCAAGCAAGUUUAUCUAAAUGUGAAGAGUUUAACUGUUUAAGGAUAUGUACAUUCUCUAAAUGCUUAGCCCCUGAAUGAAUCAUAUUGCUUUGGUAAGUGCUUUUAACUGCCAAUGUCCAGCAAUCUUUUAUGUAUAAAUUUAUCUUAGAAAAGUUAAACGAUAUUGUUUUCUAUGAAACCCAUUCUUGAAUCA